AUGCUCAAAUUCUCCAAACCCGAGACUCGUGUUCAGAAGCAGUGUGAGCCUAAUGUCCUCCCGUGUCGCAUCCAUCAUGACGGGCCGGUCGACGCUUCGCCGAGGUACUGGGCUCCAAAGACAGCUCAAGAUGGACAGCCAGAGGCAUACUUCCGCGGGAGGAGGCUGAGAGGACAGGAGAUUGAUGUUCCCCAAGGGUACAGAGGCGUUAUUGUCAAGGAAGCUGGGAAGGAGAGGACCUCUCUCCAAAACACUGACGUGGGCAAUUUGGAGAGAGAAGAAGGGGAGCAGGAGCAGGAAGAAGUCACAGUGUUGAACGAGGUCGGCUCAUUCGACAAGGUGGUUAUUUGGAGUCACGAGACCAGGCUCGACGAGGAUGAUGCCUUCGUGAAGGGUUUGGGUGAAUGGAUUGGUUUCGCUGAAGCUAUAAAUGCCCCAGGAGACGAAAACACUUCGUAA